AUGAUAUCUUCUCAAAAGCCGAUUGGUAACAAGAAAGCCGAUAUUGAGGUCGCUGUUAAGAAAGAAUAUUCAGUUUACUCUAAAGCAAACUUUUACCUCAACUCAAGGUAUCAAGUCCAGCAAGUUUUGGGUAAAGGUUCUUAUGGCGUUGUAUGUUCAGUGCUAGAUUUGAAGUCCGAGAACCCGGUUCCAUUAGCAGUCAAGAAAGUCAGCAAUAUCUUCACUAGAGAAGUUCUGCUUCGCAGAGCCAUCCGAGAGUUAAAAUUGAUGAAGUUUUUUAGAGGUCACCGAAAUAUAAUCAAUCUGGUAAAUCUUGACAUUGUAUACAUCAAGCCCUAUGACGGCCUGUACUGCUUCCAAGAGUUGGUGGAUUAUGAUCUGGCUCGUGUAAUUCAUUCUAAUGUGCAGUUCAGCGAGUUUCACAUUCAAAGUUUUCUCUAUCAGAUUCUCUGCGGAGUCAAGUACAUCCACUCCGCUGAUGUAAUUCAUAGAGACUUAAAACCUGGAAACAUCCUGGUAACUGUAUUAGGGAACUUGAAAAUAUGCGAUUUCGGUCUUGCGAGAGGUAUAAAUCAUCAAUUCAUGCAAGGAUCAUCGAGGCCCAGGGAUAACGCUAUCACCAACUAUGUGGCUACUAGGUGGUACCGUGCGCCGGAAUUAAUAUUCUCCAGAAAAGAGUACGGGAAAGCUGUAGAUAUGUGGGCUGUAGGGUGUAUUUUUGGCGAAUUGUAUGGUAGAAAACCUCUUUUCAUUGGAGACUCGCAGAUGAGCCAAAUUGCGGAGAUUGUCAAGGUUUUAGGAAGUCCUUCCAAAGAGGUGAUCAUGGCAUACGGAUCACAUCUGGCAUGGGAUUAUUUUCAACCUCCCAAGCCACAAUACAGGCCACUGAAGUGGGCUCAUGUUUAUCCAUACGCAAGUGGUUCAGCACUAGAUCUUCUCUCCUCACUCGUUUGCUGGGAAGCUAAGCGUAGACUUGAUGUGGAAGCAGCACUAUCUCACGAGUUCUUAAGUGCCGUCAGAAAUAAAAGUCAAGAACCAAAGUGUAAAUCUAUUUUUGACUUUCGAUGGGAAAAGGAGAACACAAGUCUAGAAGAUCUGAAGAUCUUGCUGCACGAAGAAGUCACUCAAUUCAAGAAUGAAAGGGAAAAUAACUCCCAACCUAAUUAG